AAAACCAACUAAAGUAAACCCUCACCUCUUCGACCCCCUCCCCUCCCCUCUCCUCCCUCUCACACACAGUGACACACUUUCUCUGUCACACAAAUAUCGCUUUUCAUUUUCGUCCAGCUUCAAAUUCACGAUCCUUUACGUCCUCUACUGGGUCUAUCUCCUCCUUUUUCCCUUUUCAUUUCCCCCGUCAUGGAGACUCUGCUCCAAUCAUGCUCCAUUUUCACACCCAAGCCUCCGGUCAGAUCGCCUGUUGAUAGGCAAUUGGCUUUAUCUUCUUUUGCUAUUAAUAAACAGAGGAGUUGUAAUGUGAAGUUGAAGGCGAUUAGCAGGAGCUCUCAAGAGGGAUCUUCUUCUAUUGAAGAUGUAAGGAAGGAUGGCAUGCUAUUGGGUGCUGACAAGGAUGAAUCUGGUUCAGUCGUUGGAUUUCGUUUAAUUCCUCAAUCUGGUGAGACAGAAGUCAGCAACUCUCAUGAUACCAUAUCAAAUGGUAAAGAGGAAGUGAUUGUGGAUGAUGACUCAGUACAAACAACAUCUGCAGAAGUGACAUACAACAUUGUUUUCGUUACAUCUGAAGCAGCACCAUACUCUAAAACUGGAGGCUUAGGAGAUGUGUGUGGCUCUUUGCCCAUUGCACUUGCAGAACGUGGGCAUCGAGUAAUGGUUGUUUCACCUAGAUAUUUGAAUGGUGGACCUAAUGAUAAGAAGUUUGCUGGAGCUCUUGAUCUUGAUUGUCGAGUUAAGGUUUCUUGCUCUGGUGGGGUCCAGGAGGUUGCCUUCUUUCAUGAGUAUAGAGCAGGUGUUGAUUGGGUGUUUGUGGACCACCCUUCUUACCAUCGUCCUGGAAAUCCAUAUGGUGAUGCUUAUGGUGCAUUUGGUGAUAACCAGUUUAGGUUCACCUUACUUUGUCAUGCAGCAUGUGAGGCUCCUUUAGUGCUUCCUUUGGGAGGUUUUACAUAUGGUGAAAACUGUUUGUUUCUUGCCAAUGAUUGGCAUGCAGGUCUUGUCCCAGUGCUAUUGGCAGCAAAAUAUCGCCCCUAUGGAGUUUACAAGGAUGCUAGAAGUAUUGUUGUGAUACACAAUCUUGCACACCAGGGAGUUGAGCCUGCAUCAACCUACAGUAAUUUUGGAUUGCCCCCAGAGUGGUAUGGAGCAUUGGGGUGGGUAUUUCCUACUUGGGCAAGAACACAUGCUCUUGACACUGGUGAAGCUGUAAAUAUUCUAAAAGGUGCACUUGUUACUGCUGAUCGCAUACUCACAGUUAGUGAGGGGUAUUCUUGGGAAAUUACAACCCCAGAAGGUGGAAAUGGUCUAAACGAGCUUCUUACUAGUCGAAAGAUUGUGGUGAAUGGAAUCACAAAUGGAAUUGAUCUAACGGAAUGGAAUCCGUCUUCUGAUGUGCACAUCCCUUCUCAUUACUCCCUUGAGGACCUUUCCGGAAAAAUUGAAUGCAAGAUUGCUCUACAAAAGGAAUUAGGUCUUCCAAUUCGACCAGAUUGCCCAAUGAUUGGAUUUAUUGGGAGAUUGGACUAUCAGAAGGGUAUUGACAUAAUUCUCUCAGGAACUCCAGACUUGUUGCAAGAUGAUGUCCAAUUUGUAAUGCUUGGAUCAGGAGAAAAACAGUAUGAAGACUGGAUGAGAGCCACAGAAGCAACAUUCAAAGAUAAGUUCCGUGGAUGGGUCGGAUUCAAUGUCCCCAUAUCUCACCGGAUAACAGCAGGAUGUGAUAUUCUAUUAAUGCCCUCAAGAUUCGAGCCAUGUGGUCUAAAUCAACUGUAUGCAAUGAGAUAUGGAACUGUUCCUGUAGUCCAUGCAACUGGAGGACUAGGAGACACUGUGAAGACUUUUAAUCCAUUUGCUGAUGAAGGCAGAGGUGAAGGUACCGGGUGGGGGUUUAAACCUUUGACAAGAGAAAGCAUGUUGGAUGCAUUGCGGAUUGCUAUAGAGACAUACAGGAAACACAAGAGCUCUUGGAGAGGAUUAAUGAAGAGAGGAAUGGAAAGGGAUUCCUCAUGGAAUAACGCUGCAGUUAAAUAUGAGCAAGUUUUCAAAUGGGCUUUUAUUGAUCCUCCUUAUGUUUCAUGAUCACUAAAUUAAAUUAUAACAUAUGGUUAGAGUGUAUUUAUUAUAUAUAUUAAGGAAAUAGGCUGUAAUAAGAUUCUUAUGAACAGUAAUUUUGAGGAAUAUAUACAUUUUUCUUA